CUCUUAUGAAACAAAGUGGUACAGCGAACGGCUACCGGGAGACAAGAGGGAUUCUUAGACUGUGGUUACAGACAUUUACCAGGCAUACAGCACUUCCUCGCGCAUCCAAACCGAGGGAAGAAAUGCUUCUUUCUAUGGGCUUGACAUAAAAACAUUCACCUCCGGGGAGCCAGCACAAGCUCAGCCCCUGCCAUUGUUCACAUCAAGUGUGAGUGUAUGUUCCCAGAUUGUAUGUCCUGCAAUAAGCCGGGCUGAUUAAAGAAUAAGAUGGCCCCGAAUUCCAUCCACUGGUUCCGGAAGGGCCUCCGUCUCCAUGACAAUCCAGCACUACGGGAGGCGGUCCGGGGGGCCGGCACGGUGCGCUGUGUUUACUUCCUGGAUCCAUGGUUUGCAGGCUCCUCCAAUGUUGGGGUCAACAGGUGGAGGUUUCUCCUCCAGUGUUUGGAGGAUCUGGACGCCAGCCUUCGGAAGCUGAACUCACGCCUUUUUGUCAUCAGGGGCCAACCAGCCAACGUGUUCCCCCGGCUCUUUAAGGAGUGGAAGAUCUCUCGACUGACCUUUGAGUAUGACUCAGAGCCAUUUGGGAAGGAGAGAGAUGCUGCCAUCAAGAAGCUGGCCAUGGAGGCAGGCGUGGAGGUCAUUGUCAAAAUAUCACACACCCUCUAUGACCUGGACAAGAUCAUAGAGCUGAAUGGCGGUCAGCCUCCUCUCACCUACAAACGUUUCCAGACUCUCAUCAGUCGACUGGAUCCUCCUGAGAUGCCCGUGGAGAUACUGUCGGACACACUGAUGGGACGCUGUGUCACCCCCAUUUCUGAGGACCACGGAGACAAGUACGGGGUCCCAUCCCUGGAGGAGCUGGGCUUUGACAUAGAGGGCCUGCCAACGGCUGUGUGGCCUGGAGGAGAGACCGAGGCUCUGACCCGGAUAGAGCGCCAUCUGGAGAGAAAGGCAUGGGUGGCUAAUUUUGAACGUCCGAGGAUGAAUGCCAACUCACUGCUGGCCAGCCCAACAGGACUCAGCCCUUACCUGCGCUUCGGGUGCCUCUCCUGCCGUCUUUUCUACUUCAAGCUCACUGACCUCUACCGCAAGGUGAAAAAGAACAGCUCUCCUCCCCUUUCCUUGUACGGCCAGUUACUGUGGCGCGAGUUCUUCUACACUGCAGCGACCAACAACCCGCGCUUCGAUAAGAUGGAAGGGAACCCCAUCUGCGUCCGCAUCCCCUGGGACAAAAAUCCUGAAGCACUUGCAAAGUGGGCCGAAGCCAAGACGGGCUUUCCCUGGAUAGAUGCCAUCAUGACUCAGCUGAGACAGGAGGGCUGGAUCCAUCACCUAGCCAGGCAUGCAGUGGCCUGCUUCCUCACCAGAGGGGACUUGUGGAUUAGCUGGGAGGAAGGAAUGAAGGUCUUUGAGGAGUUGCUCCUUGACGCCGACUGGAGCGUGAACGCAGGCAGCUGGAUGUGGCUGUCCUGCAGUUCAUUUUUCCAGCAGUUUUUCCACUGCUACUGCCCCGUGGGCUUCGGCCGGCGCACCGACCCCAACGGGGACUUCAUCAGACGAUACUUACCUGUCCUCCGAGGUUUUCCUGCUAAGUACAUCUACGACCCGUGGAACGCUCCGGAGUCCGUGCAGGCGGCCGCCAAGUGCAUUAUCGGCGUCCAUUACCCGAAGCCCAUGGUGCACCACGCGGAGGCGAGCCGGCUCAACAUCGAGAGGAUGAAGCAGAUCUACCAGCAGCUGAGCCGAUACAGGGGACUGGGCCUGCUGGCAUCAGUGCCGUCCACUAAUGGGAAUGGGAACGGAGGAAUGAUGGCCUACUCUCCUGGAGAGCAGCAGCCAGGGACCAACAACAACAACAACUCGCACAUGCCUGGAGUGUCGGGGAGCUCCGUUGCGACUGGUAAUGGCAGCGGGAGCAUCCUACUUAACUUUGACAGUGAAGAAGAGACUGGGCCAAGCAGUGUUGGGCAAAAGCACCAACGACUGCAACCACUGCCACAACAACAACAACAACAACAACAACAGCAGCAGCAGCAUGGAUACCACUCAGUGCCAGACGCCAGCCAGACCAUCACCAGCAGCCGACUCUACCAUGAGUUUGCUGUGCCUCAACACCCAGGACUCCUCGUGCACACCAGAGGCAGCAUCACAGGGAAGCGGGAACACGAGUCGGAACGUGAGGGGUCGGGGGAAGAAGACCAGGCGUCCUGCUCCGUGCACAAGAUGCAGAGGCAGAGUGCCGAGACUACCUAGAGCAGGCGGAGACCAGACUGUCUGAAUCCUCAUCAGAGUCACCACCUGGCCAGCAGAGAGAGGAUACCCCAGCAUCAUCACCUGCCCUCCAACCUCACCUGUCCUCCUCUCCGGACAUAGUGCAUCUAAACCGGCUGUCUGUCUCUUUACUAACUGAUCCCUCAGGGUGUAAACACAAAGGUGAAAAUGUGAUUUUUGACUCUAGGAGGGGUUUCUUAUCAGAGUCCAAAGGCCUCUUUCAGGUGUGUACAGACAUGUGUGACAACCUCAAGACGAUUGUGCAAACAAACAAAAUGCCUCAAAAAGAAAAAAAAAAGAAAAAAAAAGAACCCAAAACAUGUAUUGUCUUAAAAGUGCUGCCACCAGCCAGUACGAUCUCUGACGCAGCUAUAAGUGUAAAUGAUGGAAUAUUUUAGCGUUUUUAAAACCUCCAAGUGAAGCUCCAGAAAACUGCCCUUGAAAUACCCCAAAGUAAAACCAAGUUAAUCAGGUCAGGGUUUACAGAGGAUUCUUUUCUACCUUUACUACAGCCUUGUAGCGUGUUUGUCCCCAUGUGCUGCAUCCCAUACAGCUGACCGCUCAAGCCGACCAGUCAGUGUCACUCACACAAAUACAACUGUUCAUAGUGAUAUUAUAUGUUAAUUUUUUUUUUUAUUGUGUUUUCAAAAUGAAACGCUUGUAAAUAGGCUUAAUUAUCCGAGAAUCUUUACGCUGGUGUAGCUGCUGUAAAAUAACUAAACUUACAUACAUGCUCACAGUCACAGCCUGGCAGGUCACUUCAGGGUCUCAUUUGCGUGUAAAAGUCCAGCUCCUCAGGUCUCGGUGACCUCCCUCCAAACAUUAAAUGCAAUUACUCACACUUGAUUUCACGGGAACAUGUGCCUGCCAUCACUUGAUUUGUAUAGGCAGCUAAAAACAGCGAUGCACAGUUGGUUUGUUUUGGGGUUGUAUUUAAAUGUGAUUAGCAAACCAUCAGACCGGUUUCAUCUCUUGGUCUUGGAAACAUGUUUACAGUGUGUUACUGUAGAUUAGUUAGGAGGCCUUUUCUGGGGUCACUUUAGAUUUAAAAACUAACUAACAAACUAAAAAACGACCGUGGCAUUAUGGGUAUAAGAGUUCUUGUAGCUUUCUUUGUAAUUCUUUGUGUCAUGGCGUGACAUCUGUGAGCUCAUUAGAGGUGCAAAUGUAACCGGGUAAAAAAUUUUCUCGUCAUUUGAUCUUUUAAUACACGUGGUUUUAAACAUGAACAGAGGAUUUCCUCCUCGUUAUUCUCAUAUGACCGUCUUCGUAUUUAAUUUAAUUUAUUUUUAUUUUCCUGCUAUCCUGGCAUUGUUACCCCAUGUUAUUGAUCACAUGUAGAUUGUGUCUAUGGUUUCACGGCUAUUUGUUGUAGGAUAUAUAUAUAUUUUUUAAACUGUCGGCUGGUGGACUGCUGUGUUUUUGGUUUGACUUCACCCUUCCAGAGUCGAUCACGUUUUCACCUCUCUGUUUCCGCCCCCUCCGAUCUCCAUCUAUCAUGCCUGUCGAAAAAUGGCCUCUGAGUAUCUCUGAGGCAUUCUGUGGUGUUGGAAAAUUUUUUUGCUGUGCAACAAGUUCAACAACCAAAGGUAAAGAAAAAAGGAACGCGACAAGAUGUGGUUAGAGGUAACCUGAAGGCAGAGAACACAGGCAGUUGGUUGCGAUCUCCUCUCAAAGGUGUCACAUUUUUCUAAGAUUUCUUAUAAAAAAAAACAAACAAAAACUCAAACAAAACAAAAAGGAAAAGAAGAAAACCAUUAGGUUGAGACACACUAAAAGACAGACGACGGCAUCUGAUCCAAAUGAGACUAAAUCUGUCAGCAAAACAGAAACCAACAUUCCUCAGAAAUACAUAUACCCUCCUGAUGAAGGAUUUCUACUACUGUGCAAGGAGUUCAACUAUAUAUAUAUAUAUAUAUCUAUAUAUAUGUAUGCUGCUUACUUGUGACAUUUCGCGACCCGGAUGGUUUUGAAAUUUAAAGAAACAGAGACGCAAAAUGGCAAAUAAAUAAAAUAACUGCCACAACAGUUAUGAUAUUGAUAUGAAACAACCGAUAAGGGUCGCAAAAUGGCCCAAAGUGUCUAUGGGAGGACUGUGUAACAGCAUUGGAGGAGAUGAAGCUGGCGUCUCAUUUAGGGUCCGUCCACCCUCCACUAUCACCGUUACUCCUGUUGAGAAGAAUGCAGUCGAAUUGAACCAGAGAAUGUAUGAUUGCCCCUCUAAGAUAUGCCCAGCAGCCUCUCUUGCUCAUCGUAAUACGCCCUUACACUAAAAGUCCUACACACACACUACACACUCAUACAAAUUAGCACCUGUAAAUUCUGACACAUGUAGUACCUGUAAAUUCUGACACAUUUAGUGUGUUAAUAAUGACACAUUUAGUUGUUGCAACAAGCGGCAUUAAACUCCCCGUGCUGGCUGUUUCACAAUUAAAACUCUUCAUGUGAAACCUGGUCAGAGGAGGAGGUGAGUUUGUGCAAGUUAUGUCAGUGACAUGGAUAUACAAACACACAUCAUGAAUAAGCACGCCUUUUCCACACAGAGACAUGCAUACCGAAAUGCACACUCACUUCACUUAAAUCGCUUAAAUGCAGAUACCGGCUCACAUGAGAUGAUUAAUAACUGAAACACAAGCAUGUCCUUUGUAAUGGUUGGACAGGAGAGAGUUGAGUGUAGCCUGUUUAAAGCCCCAGUCUGCCAUCUAUUAUUGGCGCAGCCAGAUUGGAAUAUCUCUAAACUAUACUAUUGGUUGGCUGUCAUCCACUCUGGCAAACUAACAAUCAUGAAAUGAGUUAUCUUUCUAUUCACAGACUUGACUGACAAACCAAUAGUUAUUAACAACUGACGCUUAAAUAACUUCUAGUCCUAUAUGUGCUCAACAUGUUAAAAACGUCAUGCAGGUUGGGGCUAUAAAUGCUAGAGGGCGGUUUGCCUGUGCUCUCCUGAGAAGGCUUUGGUUUCAGUGGAGGUGUGAUGAUUCAAGUGUGUGUGUGUGUGUGUGUGUGUGUGUGUACAGUACCUGAUAUUUGUUCAUCAGUGAUCGUGCUGGCCCCGGGUUCAGGAGUAAUGUAGAAGGGGGGGGAGGGCGUAUGUAAAGGGGAGGGAGUGGGAGAUUACAUUAAAAAGUAUUGUAGUGUUUCUGUAUUAUACUUCUGUAUGUUCUCAAGAGGAUUCGAACGUUCUUAGUUUCUUUUGUUGCUUUUAUUCACUAUGGAAAAACAAGUUGAACCAAGUUUUUAUUCUUGCUUUUUUUUGUUUUGUUCUCCCUUCUGUGACACGAAGGUGAAAACAGAUGCCAUCUGUCAUCUCUGUAAUAUUAUGCUCUUUCUCUGUCUCUCCUUGUGUUGUGAAAGGCUUUUCUUGUGCUUGAUCAAGUUCAUGACAGGAAAUUAAAAUUGUUACAACUUCAAA